UCGACACGGGCAUGUCAUUGCAUACUUCUUGCUGAAAAGCCGAAAGACGUACGAAUCGUCACAACGAGUGAAAGUGGUGAUGUCGAUAGGCGUGGUGUAUAUAAGCUGGACAAUUGUCUUGUAUUACAGACAUCCUCUAUCGACAUGUAUCGACACAAACAAUCACAAACAUAAACAACAAUCUACACCUAACAAUGUCAGACCCCUCGAUGAACUCAUCCAACACCGGACCUCACUUCCCAGGUCAAGGUCCGAAACCCCACCCCGAGUUCACUCAACACGUACACCACCACUCCCUGUUCCAUCCUCGCGCCCAGAUGCCCGGUCUAGGACCAGCCGGACCUGCGGCGACGACGUUCCAACCGGGAUGCGGGCAUGGUUAUGGUCAUUGGCACGGCGCCCAGCAUUACCGAAGGUUCCGAGGACCUUCUAGGCUUAUCUGGUUCGCGCUAGGAGCCGGGGCGACCGCCUUCUUCUAUUCCCGUUCGCAACAUCAUGCGCAGUCUUCGGGAUAUUCUUACCGCCAGAACUGGGCCUGCAGGAACGCCGCCUCUCCCACUCCUCCUGUCAGCCACGCCCAACCCGUCUCCAGCGAUGCUCCUCCUGUGAUCCCCGCAUCGUCGCCUAUCGCACGACGAGAGACGGGUGCUGGCAAGACCGAGUCGGGUGCGGGCGAUCGAGAACGAGCGAUCGUCAACGAGUUUGGUCCGGCUUCGAGUAACUCCAACAACCAGACCUCCAGAGCUCAAAACCUCGAACGCAUCACGGCGGCACUCGAAGGCUUGGAAGAUCGACACCUGGAAAAGAUGUCCAAGUGGAUCAAGAGGUUCCAGUGAAUGGAUCCUGGUCGAGAGAUGAUCGAGCCGACCGCAACGAUCGCUCCGUCUCCAUAAACCGUAGCCGUCUCUUCAGUCCGCCGUAAUCCGUCCACAGCAUAUCUCAGAACCGCCCGUCGCCUUCAUACUAUCAUGCAAUAUAAUUCACCA